GUCUCAUGUGACGUCACUCAUUUCUUAAUGUUCGCUCACUUCGCUGUAUUCGUAUUUUAGUAACUCAGAAGAUGUACUUUGUAUCCUUUUGUGAUGUCUAAGGUUUAAUUAGUUAUUGAGUGCAUAAGGCAGAAGUGUUAGUCUUAUGUACAUAGUAAUGUAUGAUCCAGCAUUAACGCAAACACGACCUUCAGAAUCAUUUUUCGAAAAGGCUGUAGCUCUGUCUUAGAAGAAGUUCAACAGAUCAGGAUGUAUGCCCAUUUAUUUUCCAUGAAUGCUCACAUGUGGCUUUUGUUGAAGAGAACUUCUUUUCGAUGGCAACACACUGCAUCCCAGUCUAUGAACAACUUGUGGAAACUACAUGAGAAAUGUUUUGAACUGCACUAUGAUGGCUUGGUAAUGCGUUUUGAUUACGUAUGGCUACGGGAUCACUGUCGUUCUGCAUCAUGCUACAACAGAAAAACAAAUCAACGAAGCCUGGAUACUACAAAAAUUGAUUUGAAAAUCAGACCCUCAGACAUACGAAUGGAUAAUGAAACUCUGUUCAUUACCUGGCCAGAUCAACAUGUGACACAGUACCGCUUAUCGUGGUUGGUGGAAAACAGUUAUGAAGGUCAGAAGCAGAAUGCAGUCCAACCCCGUAUUCUUUGGGACUCAGAAACUUACAGGAAUGCCAAACUUCCAGCUGUUAAACGAAAAGACUUCAUGGAGUGUGAUGAAGAACUUAAAACAUUCUUGAAAAAUUUUUUGCUUUAUGGUAUAGCAUUUGUUGAAGAUGUUCCACCAACAAUAGAUGCCACUGAAACUGUUGCUCAAAGAAUCAGUCUUAUCAGGGAAACCAUGUACGGAAGAAUGUGGAAUUUUACAUCUGAUUUUUCUCGAGGUGAUACAGCUUAUACAAAACAUGCUCUGAAUUGUCACACUGACACAUCCUACUUCCAGGAACCAUGUGGAAUUCAGGUAUUCCAUUGUCUGAGACACGAGGGAACUGGUGGAAGAACUCUCCUAGUAGAUGGUUUCCAUUCAGCUGAAAAAAUUCGUAAGGAAUCUCCUGAAGAUUUUGACCUUCUGUGUAAAGUACCCAUAAAACAUGAAUAUAUUGAGAAUGUUGGUGGCUAUCACAAUCACAUGAUUGGAAUCGGACCAGUCCUCAAUGUUUAUCCAUGGAAUAAUGAACUUUAUAUGAUAAGGUAUAAUAACUAUGACAGGGCUGUUAUUAAUACAGUUUCCUAUGAAUUUGUUGAGAAAUGGUAUGCUGCACACCAGACUUUGACUGCUGAACUGCGAAAACCAGAAAAUGAGGUCUGGGUGAAACUCAAACCAGGAAAGGUACUGUUCAUUGACAACUGGAGAGUGCUUCAUGGACGAGAGUCCUUUACAGGGCUGCGCCAGCUUUGUGGCUGUUACCUGACAAGGGAUGAUGUACUAAACACAGCAAGAUUUCUUGGGUUGAAGGCCUGAAAUACACACAAUGUGCUUUUAUGUAUUACCGCAAACUAAAUUGUGUGAAUACAUUUCUAUUAUGAAGAAAACAAAUUAUAUUUUAACAUGUACAUUUUUAAAAGAAAGAGAAAUGUGAUUUAAUCCUUUUAGUUUUGAUAGAUUAGUGACAAUGAUUUACUUAAUAAUAACUUUGUAGUAACUUGGUACUAAUGAAAAAGUCAGAUGAACAGUGUAUACCUAAGUAUGGGUAGGGCACAGGUAAAUGUCCUACAUCUAAAAAUUAAGUACUUUGUUUGAUCUUAUAUAUCUAAAGUUCUGUAUUACAGGAUAAUGUUGAUUUUUAUUGGCAGAGAUUGAAUGCAAGUGCUUCAUAAGCAGGUUGUCAUUGAAAUGCUGGAGUUCCUGUAGCUCACCUUGUAUCACACAUUAUGUACUCUGAUUCUAUUAAUGCAGUCUUCUUUAAAGUCAUUUGCAUGUGAAGUAUGGAUUUUAUACUGUAAAGCUGGCUUUAUCUGUUGAACUUUAAUGUUACACAUCUUAAGUAACAAAUUAAAAAUUAUCAACAGUGUAUUCUUUGAUCAUGUCUUAUUCUUCCUUAAGCAUUUUAAAUGACAAGCUGUGAAGCCAGCUGUUUGUGUGCUAUGUGAAAUAUUGGUGAAGCUGGCUGUUUUCAGAAUGCAUCCAUUUAAAGCCUUAGUUAUUUAUCCUGCACAAAUGUAAUGGAUUCCGCUGUGGCAACCCCUAACGGGAGCGGUCGAAAGAAGAAGAAAGAAAGCAAGCCUGCACAAAUUUAGUGGAUGAUAAAACUGUGUGAAAAAGAUUGAUAUGUUUAAUUAUAUAUGGUUUAAUGUCUUCAGUAAGAGCAAAUGAAAGAUGGCCGUUAAAUAUUACUGAAUUUUG